UCUAUGUCUAGCCUUGUGAGAGUUCUCCAGACUGCUCUCCACAGAAGUUGGACCAAUUUACAUUCCCACCAGCAGUGCAGAAGGGUUCCUCUGUCCCCACAGCCUCUCCAGCAUUUGUUGCUGCUGUCCUUUUUGAUGUAUGCCAUUCUCACAGGGGUGAGGGUGGCGCUGCUGGAAUAAUGUAAACUAGAAGCUAUGUGUAACUGGUUGACAUCAUGGAUAGGAGUGCUGCUGUCACUCUUUGUGCCCUUUCACUCAACCCUCAAGCCAGCAAUGCCUCCAGUCAUCAACAGGCCUUUCAGCAUUUUCUGGGCAGCACCAACAACACAGUGUCAACAUUUAUUCAAUGUGACUUUGAAUCUUCGAUUCUUUAAUAUUAUUUCAAACCCUUGGCAGACUCAGAGUAGAACAAGAGUUGUCAUUCUUUAUCCAAAUGAAUUAGGAUUUUAUCCUUAUUUCUCUGAGGAAGGGAAAUCCUUUAAUGGAGGGAUACCACAGAAAAUGAAUCUUCAUACACAUCUUCGAAAAACUGCUGAUGACAUUGCCAAAAUUUUUCCUUGGUGGAGGUCAGAAGAUCUUGUUGUUAUUGAUUGGGAAAGCUGGAAGCCACAAUGGUACAGAAACUGGGGCAAUCGAAUAAUAUAUAAAAACUACUCCUUGGACUUCACUAAAAGCCAUCACCCUGAUUGGUCAGAAACGAAAGUGGAAACGGUUGCCCAGCAGGAGUUUGAAAAUGCUGGGAAGAUUCUUAUGAACACUACUCUCACUCUUGCUUCAGAAAUGAGACCAAAAUCUUUAUGGGGCUUUUAUCUCUAUCCAGACUGCUAUAAUUAUGAUUACAGGAUAAAUCCGCAAUUCUACACAGGUAAUUGCCCAAAUGAUGAAAUUAUUCUCAAUGAUCAACUUCAGUGGCUAUGGGAGAAAAGCACAGCACUUUAUAUUUCAAUAUAUUUGGAUAAAAUAUUAAAGUCAAGUUUAAAUGCUUUAAAAUUUGUCCACUUUCGAAUUAGAGAAGCCAUGAGAAUUGCUGAAGUGGCUAGACAUGACUAUGUUCUACCCGUGUUUAUUUUUUCCAGACCAUAUUAUUUGCAUAGUAUCGAAGGUUUGUCACAGCAAGAUUUGAUCAGUACCAUUGGAGAAAGUGCUGCCAUGGGAGCUGCAGGUAUUGUUAUAUGGGGAGACAUGAAUUUAACCUCAUCUGAGGGAAACUGUACAAAGGUCCAGCAGUUUGUGAAUUCUGAUUUAGGGAGCUACAUAGUCAACGUGAGCAGAGCUGCAGAAGCAUGCAGCCUUUACCUCUGCAGGAACAAUGGGAGAUGCAUAAGGAAGAUAUGGAAAGCACCUGAUUACCUUCAUUUAAACCCUACAAGUUAUCACAUUGUUAUGUCUGAUGAUGGAGAAUUUAAUGUUCAAGGAAAAAUAUCUAAUGCUGACCUGGCCAUGAUGAUGGAGAAGUUUUCCUGUCAUUGUUAUCAGGGAUAUGAAGGGGCUGAUUGCAGAGAAAGGAAGAUGACUGAUGACUGUGAUGGGUUUUUCUCUUUCUCUGGCUCAUUAAUAACACUAUGUCUGUCGGGCUUAGCAGGUUAUCAGAGCAUUCAUUUGUGA